AGAAAAUGUUGGCCUUCCUCAUUUGCAUUGUGGCAGUGCAUCGAGUGCACUCGGUCUGCGUCGUGGUGAACCUUUGCCCAGAAAACGCAACGGUCCAGGCCGAGAUCGUGGACGCGCACAAUGCCUUCAGGAGAGCGGUUCAGCCGACGGCCUCUGACAUGCUCAUCAUGACCUAUAGUGAGGAGGUAGCAGUCAGCGCUCAGGCCUGGGUGGACCAGUGUGUUCUGGCUCAUGGGCCACCCAGCACCCACAUGCUCAAUGGGUAUGUGUUAGGCUCCAACCUGUUCUAUUCAUCCACACCUAAAUCAUGGACUACUGUCAUCAGUGCCUGGCAUAGUGAGGUGGAUCACUACAUUUAUCCCACCGGAUCCACUAAUGGGAACACUGUUGGCCACUAUACACAGGUCAUUUGGAACAGCUCAUACAAAGUUGGCUGUGGAUUUGCGCUGUGCCCUAACAACAUCUAUUUCUAUGGCUGCAAUUAUUACCGAGCAGGAAACUUCAAGACAUGGCGGCCUUACACUGCUGGACCCUCGUGUGGCUCCUGUCCCAACAGCUGUGUGGACAAACUCUGCAACAACCCCUGUCCUUAUAUAGACCAUUUCAUCAACUGCCCAACCUUGAAAAACACAACAGGAUGCAGCAACAGCCUGGUGAGAGCCUGGUGCCCCGCUUCAUGCACGUGCACCGAUGAGAUCAUCCCAAUAGGCUAA